AAACAUUUACUAACUAUAAACGAUCACAAAGGACCGAAGUCUGUCCUCAAAAUAGGCCGGUUCAGUGAUCCAUUGAGCUGCCCCGCCCCCAGAAACGCCACGGGAGCUCACGCUGUAGACGUAGAAGCCCAGACGAGCUCAUCCUCAUCCUCAUCCUCAGCGUCUGCCUCACGAACUUCAACAAUGGUCCAACUUUAAACCACCUAAAACUACAUUUCCGCUCGGCGCAGCUCGUGUUUUUGGACAGAAGCCCGCUGUCUGUUCACCAAACGGCAAACCGGCGGCGCUUUUUGAGAUUUUUUGGGAGAAUUUGAUGCUCGUAGUUGGAAGGAUGGUGGUGCUGCACAACGUGUCGCCUCCGAGCGAAGGAGUGAGACACGAACAGGCUGAUAUCACAGCGGUUCUGGACGGGAAAGGUCUCGGUUCUGGAACUCUUUGUGUGGCAGAGUCCCGCGUGUCUUGGGUUGAUGGGUCCGGAGUAGGAUUUUCUUUGGAUUAUCCAUCCAUCAGUCUCCACGCCAUCUCCCGCGACCUGAGCACCUACCCUGAGGAACACCUGUAUGUGAUGGUCAAUUCUAAGCAUAAAGAAGAUUCCAAGAAUGAGGGGCAAAAGGUCAAGGAUGACGACAGCAGUAGUAGUGAUGAUGAUGAUGACGAUGACGUCGACGAUGACGAUUCCAUAGGCCUUGUGACGGAGAUCCGGUUUGUUCCAAACGAUAAGGGCUCUUUGGAGACGAUGUUUACAGCCAUGUCUGAAUGUCAAGCUCUUCAUCCUGAUCCUGAUGACUCUGACUCUGAUUUUGACGGGGACGAGUAUGAUGUGGAGGAGGCAGAGCAAGGCCAGAUCGAUCUGCCCACAUAUUACUCCUUUGAGGAGGGCAUGUCCCAGCUGACAGUGGAGGGCCAAGCUACACUGGAGAGGCUGGAGGGGGUGCUGGCUCAGUCCACAGCUCCUCAGCACUGCAUGGCUGGAGUCAGGACUGAAGACACAGCAGCUGCAAUAAAUGAUGAGUUGAAGACAAAUUCAGAGGCUCUUGGAAUCUCUGGGCAAUUUGACGAUGCUGAUGUUGACCACUGUGUUGCUGGUGCCAGUGUCACACAGAGAAGUGUCCUAGUUUUUACCCAGUUCGUGUUGUGCCAGUGAUCAGGUACUGUCAUGCCCUCUUCCGGAGAGCUGAACUCAUUCCCCCCCACCCUCCUAGCCAGCACUUGAAAAGAAGCCCUGCUUUGUCUCUUGCUGCUUCCUGUUGGUGUUGUGGGGAGGAUAGGGGCUGUCAUUUCACAGGAGAUUGAGGUAGAGAUAACUAGUAUCACUGUGCUUGAUCCUGCCCACAUCUUUUGGAAUCAGCUCUCAGAUAAUGGCCUAUUAAAUUAACCAUUUCCAUUAAGCACUUGACCAUAAAUUGUAAAGACACCAACCAGUACUGUAUUUACACCAUGCAAGACUGGGGAUUUGGAGACCUCUCUGGUGGAAAUAUGUAAUUGCAUGCAACGUGCAAUGUAACGUGUUGUGCUUCAGACCCCUUACCUGAAGGGAAGAAUCAGAUGAUUGCGAAAGAGUAUUCAACAAGAACUCAGUCAAAACUUGGAGAAGAAAUUGACGUUGGGGUUGCGUAUACAAGCUUGUGUUGAGGGCUGUAAAAACAAGUAACGGUAACAUUGAUAAUUAAAAGUU